CGCGCCCGUGGAUCUGUUCGUCUCGGGUGACGCUACUGGAUGCUGUAGAUUUGUGAAUCAGAUGAAGUAUAAAGAAACAAGCUGCUGCUGCUGAUGAAGAUGAUGAGAAUCGACGCGGAUUCAUGAUGGAGGAAAAAAACGAUCCAAAGAGACGAAGAAGCGCGUUUAUUUGAGGAGCAGAAACUGAGGAGAUUCUGAAGUCUCUCCUCUUGAGCUGUUGAGCUUCAUCAGGCGUGUUCAUGGGCUCAUAUGUGACCCUGGACCACAACGUCAUAAAGCUUUGAUCUGACACAGAGAGGGCAAAUGGUGUUCUUCCUGUCUCUAGAGGGCAUAAAGCCCUUUGUCCUCUUCAACGCCACCACCAACUACUCGGACAGGAACGAUUCCUCCACACCGACGCCCGGCGUCUGCCGUCUGUACGCCUCCGCCGCCACCCCCCAGAGCAACAUCUCGCUGACGUCGUACGACCUGUCUCCGGCGGAGGUCACGCUCCUCGGCCUGGUGUUUGGGGUGUUCUGGGUCAUAUCGGUACUGGGAAACUCGCUGGUGUGUCUGGUGAUCCAUCGGAGCCGCAGAACCCAGUCGACCACCAACUACUUUGUGGUGUCGAUGGCGUGUGCGGAUCUGCUGUUGAGUCUAGCCUGCGCGCCGCUGGUUCUCCUGCAGGUUUUCGCAGGUCACUGGCCUCUGACUGCGGCUGCGUGCAAAGCCGUGCGCUACCUGCAGCACCUGUGCCCUGGCGUCCAGAUCUAUGUGCUUUUGUCCAUCUGCGUAGACCGUUUCUACACCAUCGUGUAUCCGUUGAGCUUCAAAGUGUCGCGUGAAAAAGCCAAACGAAUGAUUCUGGCGUCUUGGGUCUUUGACGCUGUGUUCGUAUCACCGUGUUUGUUCUUCUACGGAUCGUCAACGACGAAAAACCACUGCGACUUCUUUUUGGCGGACAGCUGGGAUGGGUUGGUGUACGCCGUCGCACAUCUUCUUUUUGGUUUCCUAGUGCCGGCGUUGCUCAUCGUGUCCUUCUACCAACGUGUGGUGCGCUACAUCUGGCGGAUCGGCGCUGACGGGCGAACGGUGCGGAGGACCAUGAACAUCGUCCCCAGGACUAAAGUCAAAACCAUAAAGAUGUUUCUGAUGCUCAACACCGUGUUUCUCCUCACCUGGACACCGUUUUACGUAGCGCAGCUUUGGCACCCGAAAGAAACGUCAGGCCCCGGCAGACAGUCGGCGCUCUUCUUCGUCGCCGUGGCCUGGAUCUCCUUCAGCUCCACGGCGUCCAAACCCACGCUGUACUCCGUGUACAAUGCCAACUUCAGACGCGGCAUGAGAGAGACGUUCUGCAUGUCGUCCAUGAAGUGUUACCGCAGUAAUGCGUACACCAUCACCGCCAGCUCGCGGAUCGCCAAAAAGAACUACGUGGGUGUGGUCGAUCUGCCCGUGCCGGCAAAGACGCUCAUCAAAGACUCGGUGUACAACACUUUUGACCGGGAAGCAAAGGAGAAGAAGUUAGCAUGGCCUAUUAGUGCUAACCCACCCAACACAUUUGUAUAAAGGCUCAGAAAUUAACGUUAAAGAGAUAGCUUGCCAAAAAAUUGUCAAGUUGUUCCACACCUAUAUGAGUUUCUUUCUAAGGGGCCGUUUACACAGAAUGCUUGUUUCCAUUCCAGUGUGCUACUCUUCGAUUGUUUUUCUAUGUAAACACGCUCUAGAUGGACAGUUAUGACCAUUGUGCUUGUGUCUUGCUCACGAAAUUCACAUGAAUUUCAACUUUUACACACAGCGCCGCUCAUCAAUGUCAGUUCCAAAACAGUGGACCAAUCAGAAGACCCUGGAGGCAGGGCAAGUGUUGCGACCUUUUGUUUACAAUACCAUUGGCAUGGCAACUGUUUUACUUAACGGCAACAUCAGGGUUGCCAAGUUUUUACAACAAAACCUACACAAUUGCUACUCAAAACUAGCCCAAUCGCAUUUCAAGUGGGUCCCCUGUUAAAAAUCGCAUUCAGAGGUGUAAAAUAGACGUUUUUUGUCGAGCAGUGUUGCCAAGUCCAUGGUUUUCCCAGCUACUUUAUAGGCUACUUUAACACUGUUGCUGUGGGUUGUUUGUGGGCUAGCUUUGAGUAUCAAAUGGGUGGGCUUUUAAAACCAUUCCUAAGGUCUGCGUUGUGCGUUUUUUUUUUUUUUUUUUAAAUGUGUCAUGUGUGAACGGCCCCUUAUGGAAGCUGUUUUGAACAACGUUGGUAGCCAAAGAGUUGUUAGUCCCCAUUGACUUCCGUAGUAUUUUUUUCAUAUUGUGGAAGUCAGUGGGUAUCAACUGUUUGCUUACCAACAUUCUUCAAAAUAUAUAUUUCUUUUGUGUUCACAUUUGGAACAACUUGAGGGUGAGAAUUUUUGGGUGAACUAUCCCUUUAACUUAUUAUAAUGAUACGCUGGUAAGUAAGGCUAAUUUUUGAGUGAACUGUUGCUGUAACUGCCGUUGCACCACGAUCACACACAACAGAAGCAAAACAACUAAACGUAAUCUGUUGAAAUGCAAAAAAACGUGGUGCUAAAUAGUUAAGAUACACACUGAUGACAUGGAGGACGACUACAAAACAUCAAACGUAGAAAUCAUCACUGCUGUGAUCCAGUGGAAGGAAAGCAUUUGAUUGUCUUGUGUUCUUCUGUUUGUGUUUCUGGUCAGUCUGUGAUCCUACGGUGGCCUGGUGGCACCAAACAGGGUUUAUGUUAUUCUUCAGAAGAAGCUUUUGUGUUUUUUUUGUGCCUGUAGUUACAUAUAAACUUUUGUCUCAUAUAGUUUUGUGUUUGUGUGUUGCUUCAUGAUGCAAAACAGACAUGUGUCCCUGUGAUUUUAAUUAAAUAUUCUGUACGAUUCAAAUGUAAUCCACUGUCUGAAUAUUUCUGUGACUGAUUAGUUAUAUUUACUAAAGCUGUACUUCAAAGAGUAGUUUGCCCUAAAAUGAACUGAAAAUGUGCUCAUCUUAGAUUAGGAUGUGUUUGUUUCUUCAUCAGAUUUGUAGAAAUGUGUCAUUCCAUCACUGUCUCACCAAUGGAUCUUCUGCAGUGAAUGGGUGCCGUCAGAAUGAGAGUCCAAACAGCUGAUAAAAACAUCACAGUACUGAUAAUCCACACCACUCCAGUCCAUCAGUUAACAUCUUGAGAAGACAAAAGCUGAAACAAAUCCAUCAAGACGUUUUGAACUAAAAUAGUCCAUAAUCCAUAAUAAUGCUUCCUCCAUUAAAAAAGUGGUCUGGUCUGAAUCAGGAGAGAAAUCUGCACAGAUCACAGCCAAAACAGCUGUGAACAAAUUUGUGGCUGGAUUUUGAUGUUAGGAAGCAUUAUUAUGGAUUAUGGACUUAUUUAAGUUACAAACGUCUUAAUGAUGGAUUACUUAAGGAUUAUUGUGAUGUUUUCAUCAGCUGUUUGGUCUCUGAUUCUGAUGGCACCCAUUCACUGUAGAGGACCCAUUGGUGAGACAGUGAUGCAAUGGUGGAUUUCUUUAAAUAUGAUGAAGAAACAUUUUCAGGUGAACUGUUGCUUUAAAGGUGCACAUGCAAACUAAUGAAAAUGUUUUAUUCCCACAAACUGUGUUAAUGAACCAAUUAUAAGAUUUCAGUCUGUCUUUUUGAUUUGAUCUUUAUAUUACUGAGCUGAGCUGACUGAACCCGAUGAAGACUCGUCGUCCGCUGCUCAGUGUGACAUUUCCAGCACAAUUUCUCCAUGUUCAGCGUUGGAUGACGACACUCCAUUGUUAUUCGGGAUGAAAGUGAAGGGCUUUAAUGAAACACACACAUCAUAAUGAGAUUUCAUAUUGAGA